CUGUACUUAGUCAAACCAGCAGAGUAGUUUUUUGACAUUGUGGAUUCACUUAGUACGUUUUGUAAAGAAAAGGAAAAAUUAACUUGCUGUAUUUCUAUUUGUUACUUUUGAAUUUUUCAUUUUUAAUUUCUCUCCUUAAAACUAAACGUAUUAAAACCCGGAUCAAUGCAUGUUCACACACACACACACACACACAUACAUCAUUUCAUUAAAGAUGUUAAGUCUAUUGCCUGAUAAACUACCAGUCCCAGAAACCCCUCCUGUUUUCAACGCUGACUCUCACUUAUGGUACUUCAAAUCCCACAAGUCAUUUAGUUCGCCAAUAGUCACAUGCGAGGGGUUUAUUUUUGUUUCUUCGACUUAAAGGAGACGCGACAAAGGCGCACUGGGUCCGUGUACAUUUGUGGUGGAGGAAGUCGUCGUUUGCUGUAGCUUUAAAACUGAAAAAAAUGGCUGUCUUUAGAAUUUAUUCAAACUAAAAUAACUUCUGUUGCAACCAGUGCGUGAAAAAAAUCAAUACAGCUAACGAGUUUACAAGGGUACAGACAAGGGCGGCUUCGCAGAGGAAAGGGGCUUUUUUUAAAUAGUAGAAAUAAAUUGCAGUCCAACUAGCCAGCUAGCUGCGGCUCCCCGAGCUGCUAAACCCGGGAGUGGGGAAGGGCCGGGAUGGACUCGGACAGCAGUAGCCGGGCCGAAGCGAACGACGCGGCUGGGCAGGGUGGAGACGAUCAGCUGGAGGGUCAGAAUUCAACAGCGCCAGCGCCGGUCCCCGCUGCGGUGGUCAACUCGCGCCGAGUGCCGAGAGGCCGCGGGGCGGGCCGAAUCGUCAAGUCUUCACGAGGCCCAGGAGUCCCACCAUCGAGCACAGCAUGCCCGGGCAGGGUUCUGCGGAAUCGGGUGACUCGGGGAACUGCGGCUGGAAAGAGCGUAGAGGAAAGCAGCAGUGGCAACAGCGGGAGAACAGCUGCGUGUUCGCGGCGCAGAAGCAGGAACGCCGUACCCCGUUUUGACAGUCCAGGAGAAGUCGGGGAUGAGAGCGGCCUAGUGGAUUCGGAGAAUAAAAAGGACGUGUCCAGUGUUAAAGCCUCUCCAGCAUCAAGGCCUUGGAGGACCUGCCGACCCAAGGCACUGCCACAGCCCCGGGGUCCCUCAACUCGAAAUUCCCGGCUCGCUUCAUCGCCAGUGUGCAAGAGCGAGCCAGAUGUAGAGCCCCCCUGCGAGGAUGGUGGGUCACGGCCAGAGGCUGACAAGGAGCGAGGGGACAGGGCAGAGUUCAGCGAUGAAGACGAUGCCAUGCAGACGGGUGAGGAGGAUGCUCCGUUUGUGGAUGAUCUGGCUGAUCAGAACUACCUACCUGACCUUGACAGUGAGGAAGCCAGUGAGGAAGAUUAUCCUUUCAGGGACGACCUUAAUGACCAGAGCUACGAACCGCAGGCAAAGAGGGCCACCAUGAAGCCAAGGCGCCGAGUCCCGAGACUGAAGGAGAAGAAAGAAAAGGAGGGUGACAGAGAGAAGGAGGAGGAGAGGGACAUAAAGAUGGAGGGAGAGGAGCAGGUCAACGUGAAGCUGGAGAGUGAUUUCAGGGACUCUGCCGAGGCACCCAGGAAAAGAGGCAGACGGCGUAAAGACGAUAAGAGUCCCCGUCUCCCAAAGAGAAGGAAGAAGCCCCCGGUGCAGUACGUGCGCUGUGAGAUGGAAGGCUGCGGCACGGUCCUGGCUCACCCGCGUUACCUGCAGCACCACAUUAAGUACCAGCACCUGCUGAAGAAGAAGUAUGUGUGUCCUCACCCUUCGUGCGGAAGACUGUUCCGCCUGCAGAAGCAGCUACUCCGUCACGCCAAACACCACACAGAUCAGAGGGACUAUAUCUGUGAGUACUGCGCUCGUGCCUUCAAGAGCUCCCACAACCUGGCGGUGCAUCGCAUGAUCCACACGGGCGAGAAGCCCCUGCAGUGCGAGAUCUGCGGCUUCACGUGCCGACAGAAAGCCUCCCUCAACUGGCACAUGAAGAAGCACGAUGCCGACACCUUCUAUCAGUUCUCCUGCAGCAUCUGCGGCAAGAAGUUCGAGAAGAAGGACAGUGUGGUGGCCCACAAGGCCAAGAGCCACCCUGAGGUGUUGAUCGCAGAGGCGCUGGCAGCCAACGCGGGUGCCCUCAUCACCACACCCGCGCCCCUGCUGCCUGGCGACGGGGGGGUGCCGCAGCCACCCGAGGCAGAGCAGGUGGAGCAUGUGGUGGUCCUCAGCCAGGGGACAAGCCUCCACACGCUUCAGGUGCCCAUGUCACUCACCCUGACCUUGCCCCCCGGCCCCCCGCAGCCCCAACUUGAGCUCCUGCCCACAGCGACCCCCCCCGUCCCCCGGCACACACAGGACCUCCUGGAGUUGGACUGCCCCAUCUCGAACGUACCUUCCUCCUCCGCCCCUCCUCUCCCCACUCCCACUGGCAACACCUCCCUCGAACCACAGACAGCCCCCACGGGAGAAGGGGGCAUGAUGUGGGACAGGGAGGGGCACGACCACGUUCUCCUGGAGGGGCCUGAAGAGCGCAGCCUACCGCAAAACCACCACACGCUGUUGUAAGCGGCUGAUGGAGCGGAGCUGCCACUAGGGGGGGCUGUCUGCGGGAUGCGGAUCCCUUAGUUCCCUGCAAGCACUUGUCGGGGGGAGGGCUGGGUUCGAGCCAUGCGUGACACCCUUCUACACCCAACGCCCUCAUGUUUUUCUGAUUUCGGAGUAGUUCAUGUGCCGUAUUAUUUUGACCAUGUUUUACCAUUUGUUAGAAGUAUGUCCUUUAGUAUGUGUCAAGUAUUUUUUUGACAAACCUUUUACAAGAAGUCACAGUAGCAGUUGGUGCUGCGAAGAGACUGGUAAUUGUGAGUUACGAAGUUAAGUGCACUAUGUCUUUUUUUGGCCACCGUGGUUGUUCGGUUUAGUUGCGUUUGUCAGUAGGCAACCGUUCCCUGACCGCAGCCCUCCGGCACCUUGACACCGUGCCUACACCGCCCCCCUCUGUCUGCUGCUGGUAUUGACACGUUUCCCACAAGACAUUUGCCAUCCGACAGAAGCUCUCGGAUGGUUGAGCUGAGGUCCCCGCUGGAUGACGGAGAUUUGAUGGUUGUCCCUCUUUCACUGGGGAUUCCGAUACCACGCAGUGCUGACGGGAGAGUGGCAGUGUGAGCAGCAAUCAACGUAUAAAACAUCCUGAGGAGUAAUAAAGAAUAUAUUAAAGAGAAGUAAAGCCGUUCUUUGUGGCAUACACAUUUGAGAACUUUAACUUGAGCUAUAGUUGUCAUGUUAAACACACACAUACUGUCUGAAACCCCUUCUCCUAAGUGGGGGGGGGGGUCGCAGUG